AUGGCACGUUUGUCGCGGGUUUAUGUUAUAUUGGAUGCCCUCGAUGAGUUAGGGAACGCUGGUCAAGUUCGUCAGACCUUAAUCGGAUGCCUACGUCCUCUGCAGGAUCUUCAUCACUUCAAUCUGAUGACGACGUCGCGUUACAUCCCUUCUCUGGCUCUGGACUUCCACCAUCCUCUAUGUAUGGAUGUUCGGGCCAGCCCAGAAGAUGUACGGAGAUACGUGGAGGGGCACACUUCGGAUCUGCCAAAAUGUGUGAGGGAGAAUUUGGGCUUACAGGAGGACAUAGCGACUGCUAUAGUUGACUCGGUCGAGGGAAUGUUUCUUCUGGCUCAGCUACACAUGGACUCGCUUAAGGACAAAACAAGCUCUAAGCUGAUCAAGAAAGCGCUGGAAAUACUGCCAAAAGGAUCGAACGCUCUCGAUCUGGCCUACGAUGGAGCAAUGCAGAGAAUUGAGAACCAAAUGGAAGGUUUCAGACUUCUUGCCAAACAGCUACUGGGUUGGCUUACCUAUUCGGAGAGGCUGAUGACGGUAAAAGAAGUACAACAUGCCUUGGCAAUCGAGCCUGGGACGCGAGAGUUUGAUGAAGAUAAUCUGGGCGACAUCGAGGAAGUUCUGGGUUUCUGUGCCGGCUUGAUUAUCGUCGACGAAGAAACGCAGAUCAUCAGACUGGUCCACUACACCACCCAGGAAUACUUCAGGCGAAACGGUGACAGAGUCCUAGCCUUUGCCAAGCAGGACAUUGCGAUAGGCUGUCUUACCUAUUUGCUUUACGAGAAUUUUAAAGAUGGCUGGGCCAACGAAGUAGGACAAAAAGAGUUUGCCGAAGGAAACAGAGACGAAGAUACCCUCAGGAAUAGAGAAGAGACAGCCAAUGAGAAAUGUAGAAAAUCUGUAGCAGCUCGGUUGCAGAAAUAUCCUUUUCUCGAAUACGCCGCUAGGUAUUGGGCAAUCCAUGCAAGAUUGUGUAAGGAGCAGAACGUCAAAAUACUCAUGAUGAGCUUCGCCAAAGAUGAUUGUAGAGUCUCGAGUGCCGGCCAAGUGCUAUUGGUGCUAGAGAGCCGAUAUAACAUCGUUCGAGAUAUGAAUGGGACUAUGUCGCGCAGCCCACUUUCUGCAAUGCACAUUAUCGCAUAUUUCGGUUAUGAAGGAAUGAUCUCAGAGCUUCUGAAUCACGGUUUCGAGGCAGAUGCCGAGGACUCUACUCGCCGGACACCGUUGUGGUGGGCGGCAUCACAAGGACAUCACGGCGUGGUGGAAUUGUUACUGUCACAGAACCAUGUCAAUGUGAACAACCGCGGCCAUUUUACUCAGUACGGGCGUCUAAGUUAUACUGAGACACCACUGGGCAUUGCUGCAAAAGCGGGCAAAGAUGAAACAGUGAAGCUUUUGAUUGAGCGUGAAGACGUGGACGUGAACUUGCCACGUCCCGAUGGUGAAUCUCCGCUAUCAUCAGCCGCACGAGAAGGACAUAGUACAGUUGUUGAACUGCUACUGACACGAAGAGAUAUUGAAGUAAAUUCAAGAUGCAAUGCAGGCGGGACGCCCUUGUGGUUUGCAGCUUCGUUUGGGAGAGCGGAUGUAGUCACACAGCUGCUCAAACACAAGAACGUCCAGAUCAAUUCGAAGGAUAUUCAGGGAGACACACCUCUCGCAAGCGCUGCAUCCUCCGGUCACAAGGGCAUAGUAGAGAUGUUACUAGGUCGUUCCGACAUUGAAGUGAACACGCAAGACAGACGGGGGUUGACUCCGCUCUUGCAUGCGGUACGUGCAGGCUACGAAGCAGUGGUGAAGCUCCUGCUAUCUCAUUCCGACAUCGACGUAAACGCGAAAGAGAUUCGGGGAAUAUCUCCCCUUGCAAUUGCGGUCAUGGUUGGUCGAACAGCGGUUGUGAAGCUCUUGUGCGCACAUCCCGAUGUUGAUUUAGACCGGGAUGUGCUUGCUCUGGUAAAGGAAAGUGGGCCACGGGAUUGGUUGUCACAGGCGGACAAUGAUGCCCUGGCGCUAGUGCGAGAGGAAUGUUUGGGAAUCCUACGUACAGCCAUCGAGGCACGCUCGCGAAACGGGCCCCAAAAUCCGGAGGUUGUGCCCUCAUGA